AUGUCUUCUCAUCACUCACCAUAUGACACUCUUGAAACAGCAUCUCACUCAACCCCAGGCCAUGAAUCUCAAUCUUCAAAACGAAAACACUCAACCUCGGGCCGUGAGUAUGGUUUGAUGCGCGACACUGGUGAGCAUGACGCAGCUCGCUUCGUAGGAAGCGGUAGUGGAAUUCACUAUAUCCGUGCUGUACACCUGAGACUAGCCAAAAAGUCUGCUUCGAGAACAGAAUCUUCAACCAUCAACACGCUCAUCCCUGGAGAAGAUGACCAAUUACGACAGGGCUCUUCGAGUAAAAGAAAUCAAGAACAGUUUCUAUGGAAAGACGAUGAAGUCUGCACGGACAAAGAAGAGCUGCCAGAAUUUCAAGAUUUCGUGGGCUGGUCCAAGAGCUACUUUGAAGCAUGGCAUCCCGUUCUCCCUUUUCUUCAUGGUCCAGAAGUCUUGGGUUUGUUUGAGGAAAUUUCUAAAAGCGGCAUCUCCUCCUUGAAUUCCAUCGACAAAGUUAUUGUCAGAUCUAUUCUCUCCAUCUCAUUAGCCGAUAGUCGCCAGUCCGUUGCUUUCGGGAAACCGAUACCGAAACAGUUUCUUUUCAACAGCGUUGAUGAUGCAUUGGCAAGCUCGCAAUUUGCCUUAUGUCAACCUGCAUCACUUCGAACAACACAAGCUGCUCUAGCUGUCCAGUUGUUCUUGACUUCGAUGCUAUGUCUGAACGCUGCGUCCCGAUUGGGCGGGCUCAUUGUUCGAGCUGCAUUCCAAUUAGGGCUUCAUCGAUGUCCAGCACGAUAUCCCUUUUUUACCACCAAGGAAGCUUCAGUUCGUCGGCGAGUUUUCUGGUGUAUAUACAUAUUGGAGAGGCUACUCUGUCAGUCUCUGGGCCUGCCACUUGAUAUUCACGACGACGACCUUGAUGUUUGUUAUCCCGGCGAAGAGCGCCAUACACUUACCAACAGAGACGAAAAUGUCCAAAGACUACAGCUCUUGACGUUUGUGACAAAACACGCCCGCAUUCGCGGUCUUAUCCUCGAGCUGAGAAAUAAAUCCAUGCUACAACGGCAAGACACGGCAGAUCGAGCAGCUUUCGUACAAGCCGAGCUGGCUAAAUGGUUCAACGAAAUCCAAGACGCCGUUGAAGAAGACGAUCUAGCCGAUACAGACUCGAACACGCCUGCGAUAUCUGAACAUCACAAAAUCAUGCUCUUGGUUCUAAAACACGAGUCUGCGAUAUGUCUCAACAGACCUGGCUUGGCCUCCGAGCAUCCCUCUCCCUCAUACUCGUCCGCUUUUCAGGCUUGUAUCUCGGCUGCAAAGUCAAUAUUGAUAAUACUCAAGAAACAUCGGAAUCGCCAUCAACUACAAGUUGACUCAAAUGGUGCAAGUGCGUUCGUUCUUAUACAUGCUGCUUUUGAGAGACAGGUCCCUCUCGACAGUGCACUAAAGCAUGUCGCUGCAGCGAAGAGUAUUCUCGGUCAUCUAGCGGCUCGAGACACAUCUUGGCCAGAAUAUUGUCUCGGCGCCAUUGAUGAACUCACAUCUACAGUCCAAGAGCUCUCCCAAGACCGACCUUGUCCGAUUGAAUCACCUGCUGACGCUUCCAUCACGACAAGGACUUUCUCGCCUGUUAUUCCAUAUCAAAGAGGAGUCAAUACCGCCACGCCUUCGAGGCCUCCAAGGUCUUUAAAUCAAGACCUCGCAACGGGCUCAAGGGUCGCUACUGAAAAUAGAGACACAGAACGGUCUACCACGUCAAACCCCCCUUCCAACGUCGCAUCAUUCCCACCACAAUCUUCAUCUCCCCGACCACAACAGCGUAAGCGCCAACGGACCUUCCCUUCUGCUACAGCCAUAUCUCAUGGCAUGCCAUAUCACCAGGAAACCCCCCACGGCCCUUACAUGAGUGACUUACUCUCUACACCAAACACUUCGCUGCCUAUGGAAGGAUCAGCCUACCCACAGUUAGACAAUGUGCCUCUUGAAGGUCAAGAGUCAAUGAUGUGGUACGACCAGCUCUUUGCAAGCUCUUUCAGUGCUAUUGAUAAUCCCCUCCUAGUUCAUGCAGAAUUUGACGCUUCUGUUGAUCCAACGUGGAAUUAUCUGCGCUAG